AUGGCACGCGGACGCCCUUCUCGAGCUGCAGCGCGUCGCAGCACGCCUGUUCGCAGCGCAACACCGCAGCAAGAUAGCGAUGAAGACAUGAUAGAUCCCCCAGAGUCGCGCGCCGAGUCCCCUAAAGAGGAAGAGGAAGAGGAGGAAGCUGCAUCAGCAGCACAAGCAAGCGACGAGGAAGCCGCGCCUUCUGAACGUUCACCAUCGCCUGCAAUCAUCCAGCCUUUCCCGCGUAAGAAGCGACUUGGCCGACCUCCUAAGAACAGGCCGCCGGACUGGAAUGCCGGAGAGCCAGACAACUCCGAAGGUGGUACGCCUAUCAAGCGUAAGCGUGGGCGACCGUCUGGCGGAGGUCGAGGACGACCGCCAAAGGGAGGGCAGUCACAUACUACCCGCGUCCCCAUCGACAAAGAGGGAACCAUGAUGGAUGUUGUCAACGACGAGGUCGAUCUACCUGAAGAUGAAGAGGGCGAGAAGAAGGUUGACAAACUAGGCAAUCUCAUGGGCGGACGGGACUAUCGUGUGCGCAUCUUCACUAUCAGAGGCAGAGGAGACAGGCAGUACAUGUUGUCGACCGAACCUGCUCGAUGCUGUGGUUUCAGGGACAGUUAUUUGUUCUUCACAAAGCACAUGAAACUUCACAAGAUCAUCAUAGACGACACUGAGAAGAGGGAUCUCAUUGACCGUGAGAUUAUUCCUCACUCGUACAAGGGUCGUGCUAUCGGUGUUGUCACUGCGCGCUCCGUCUUCCGAGAAUUCGGCGCGCGUAUCAUUAUCGGUGGCAAGAGGAUCAUUGACGACUACUACGUCACGGCAGCGAGGGAGAACGGCGCAGUCGAGGGUGAGCUUGCAGACCCCAAUGACCGACUACCGCUCCCAGGCGAACCAUACAACAAAAACCAAUACGUUGCCUGGCACGGCGCUAGUAGUGUUUAUCACACAGGCGUGCCCAGUGUGCCCACAGCAAACGGAAAGCCUGCGCCUGGAAAGCGAAAGGUUAACAUAACAUCCGCCAACUGGCAAUUCGAGCAUGGCUCAGCAGCUAGUCGAUUCAACUCGAGCCUCUCCAAGCUCCGCAAAGCAAACCUCUCAGGGAUCUACGAUCCACACACAAACCUGAUGUGCUACCCCAAAGUCACGCAACCAACCCACGCACGCUGGGAAGAAGUUGCCCCCGAAGCCACCGACGUACCCCCUCUUGUCCGUAGAAAAUACCUCGUCGUCGACACCGUCUUCCAACAGCCUCCUUUUGCCGGCCUCGGCAUCCCAGGUCCUGACGGCGACUUCAUCGACGUUGGCACCAACGGCCUGCCCAAGCUAGAUGCUGAAGACGAAAAGCACAUGAAGCCAGAGGAGCUCGAGGCUUUCUCGCAAAUCAAGUGUGAGGAGCAGGAGUGGCGGAGUCAAUGGGGUGGUGAGAGUACUGACGGUGCGAGGGUGAAGCCGAAGAUUGGAUUUGUAGGUGUCCCGGUUUAG